AAGAGCACGCGAAAAUUCGUGUGCGACUAUAAAGGCCGAAGCACACAAGCCGCAUUCGCCGGGAGGCACGGUGAACGUUUCAUGUUGGCUAUUCCCGGCGCCACAAACCCAGAGAAUUGUGCCAGUCGCUUCUCGGACACAUAUCAUCCCAUUAACUCAGGGUCCCCCCCUACCUUGCUGACCGCGGGGAAGUUUGAG